AUGUAUCGAAAUAUAAUAAAUAAUAAUCAACAACAACAACAAGAUUCAUUACCAACAAAUAUUUAUUGGUCAAAUGAUAACCAAAAAAUAAUUGAAGGGGUAGGGAAUAAUACAAAUAAUUUUUAUCAAUCACCAAACAAUAAUUGUUUAUAUUCUUCCUCUAAUAACACAACAAUUAAUUCUUUACAACAACCUCCCUCCUCUAAUAAUGAAUACAUGAAAAGUGUUUUGGCUGCUGCACAAUGGGCUGAAGCUAAUCAAGCGGCGGCUGCGGCAGCUGGGUAUAUUUAAAUUUUGAAGAAAGUUUGGGGUUAAAUAAGUAAGAGAAUGGUGAAAGUGGUUGUAUCUGGCAAACAUUGUGACCUACUAGAAGUUAUUGCUAAGCUCUCGUAUAGGUGCCCUACCAAUCGAGCUAUAAUUUAUUUUGUUGUGAAUACCUGUCCUUUCCAAACUAUUUUUAAGAAAAAUAUAACCUUAACAAAAAAAGCCUUUUUUGACAUU